AUGUCGGACCUAACUCCAAUUAAACUUCCUUCGUCCGCUCCAUUUCCGGUUGUCAUAUCAUCUGUUUUAUGCAAACCAGGAGACACAAUCUCCAAACACAAGACUAUAUUCAAGUACAAAUACUGGGACUACCAAGAUGAUCCUACCUCAAAAGAGGACCCACCUAAAAAAAUACGAGUAGAACGGUUGGGCACUUUUGAGAGUCCCAUAGAAGGUGAAAUUGACGAAAUUAACAUCAAGCCGUUGCAAGAGGUGAUGCAUAGUGAUGUGGAGUUGCUAUUCGUUAGAGAAGCAUGUCCACAUACUGUACAAUAUAGUGGGUUGUGUGCAUUAUGUGGCAAAUCAUUGGAAGAGGAAAAGGACUAUUCAGGAUACAAUUACGAAGACAGGGCCACAAUCGAAAUGUCCCAUGACAACACUGGUUUGAAAAUAAGUUUUGAUGAAGCAGCUAAAAUCGAACACAACACAACAGACCGAUUGAUUGAUGAAAGAAAAUUGAUUCUUGUUGUUGACUUGGAUCAAACUGUUAUUCAUGCAACCGUGGAUCCGACUGUUGGAGAGUGGCAACUGGACCCCGCGAAUCCCAACUAUGCUGCUGUUAAAGAUGUGAAAACAUUUUGCUUGGAAGAAGAGGCAAUUGUGCCCCCCGGAUGGACAGGUCCCAAGUUGGCACCAACAAAAUGCACCUAUUAUGUUAAACUUCGUCCAGGGUUGCUGGAGUUUUUGGAAAAAAUGGCUGAGAAAUAUGAAAUGCAUAUUUACACAAUGGCCACAAGAAAUUAUGCGUUGUCGAUUGCUAAAAUUAUUGAUCCUGAUGGGAAAUAUUUUGGCGAUAGAAUACUUAGUCGUGAUGAAAGUGGUUCUUUGACUCAUAAAAACUUGAAGAGAUUGUUCCCGGUAGACCAGUCGAUGGUGGUUAUUAUUGAUGAUAGGGGAGAUGUUUGGCAAUGGGAGAGCAAUUUGAUCAAGGUGGUGCCAUAUGAUUUCUUUGUCGGUAUUGGAGACAUCAAUUCGAGUUUCUUACCCAAGAAAAACGGUCAAUUAACAGGACCAACUAAAAAGAGAAAAUCUAUAGCAAAGUUGGAAGCUGCAGCUGAACUAGCCAAAGAAUCAGAUAACAAGCAAGGGUUUGAGUCAGGAGAAGAGGAGGUGGAAGAAGAUGGCGAUAACCACUCUGACGUGUCAAAUUCCCCUGUUGAAAGAAUUCUUGAACUCGGAGGUGGUGAAGGCAACACUAGCUUAUUGUUGGAACAAUCAUUGACAAGAAAUCAGUCGAUAGAAGAGCAACAGCAAAACCGUCCAUUGGCAAAGUUGCAACAUGAUUUGGAACAAAUGCAUGAGCAUCGGCACGAUAGCGAUAGCAAAUCAGAGAGUGGUUCUGAUGAUGAAAGUGAAGAAGAAGACAAUUUGUUAUUUGAUGAUGAUAAUGAAUUGGCUGCUUUGGAUAAAGUUUUGGGAAAUAUCCACCAAGGUUAUUAUAAUUUGCUUGAUAAAGAUAAAAGCAUCAAACCAGAUUUGACUGAAAUCAUACCGUCCAUGAAAAGCAGGACGUUGGAAGGUAUAACAGUUUUGUUUUCAGGAAUUAUUCCAUUAGGCAUUAGUUUAGAAUCUGCCGAUAUUGUGAUAUGGUGCAGACAAUUUGGGGUAAAAGUUGUCAAUGAAGUGUAUCCAGAAGUUACUCAUGUUGUUUGUCGUGAUGUUAGUGAAAGUGCUGGACCAACAUUCAAGGCCAGGGUUGCCAGAAAACUAUAUCCAGAUACUAUCAAAAUUGUUAAUCCAGAUUGGCUUUUUGCAUGCUUGAGUAACUGGUCAAAAGUUGAUGAAAAAGAUUAUUUGGUUUCAACUGAUGAUCCAAAGUUUUGGGUUGUUAAAGAAAGUGAAAUCACCAAGUACCAGAAAGCUUUGGAGGAAAGAAGUGCAUUAGCAAAUGCUACUCAUGUUGAUUCUCUAGAGUCAUUUGACGAGUACGAUUUGGAUGAAGCUAAUCAAGAAGUUGAUGAUUUCUUAGCAGGGUUAAGUGAUGAUGAUGAUGAGGAGGAGGAGGAUGAGGAUAUUCGUGAUGAUGAAGAAAUAAAUAAUGCCAACACAAAUAAUGAAGUUGGUAACGAUAAAGUUGCUGAAGAAAUCUACGAACAAUCAACCAAUGGGCAUGAUUCCUUUAUUAAAGAUGCUUACAGUAAGAAAAGAAAUAGAGAUGAUGAGGAGGCGCAACUUGUUAAGAAGCAAAAAAUAGAGAAUGGUGAAAACGAAAACGAAAACGAUUUAGACGAUUUGGAGAAAGAACUACUUGAUGGAUUUGAGGAUUUGGAGGAAUAA